AAUUAAGUUCACAUAUAAAGUAAAUGUUUGCGAUGCAGUGAAAGUAGUUUUCCUGACCAGAGCUUUCUGGCUCCAAUCCAUACUCAAUGGUAAUGCAAGAUAGUUUUCCUAAAGCAGCAUUUGAAGGCAUUUUAAAAACAAGCAUUUUAAAAUAAAUUCAAUUAACAGAGCAGAGCAUAAAGUAUAACAUUAAAAUGCAUAUUCUCACUGAAAUUUUUGUUCCCAAAGCUGACCUCCAGGCCAGGGUGAGUGUUAACAGCUUUCCAUGUGAUACUUCCAUUGUCACAAGAGAGUUUAAAUCACCUGUGAGCUACAGAGUUUAGCGGGAACAGUCCUCCUGUACACAAGACCAUCCUCUGACACCAACUGCAAUUGGAGCCAGGGGUUUGGGGGAAUCCUGGAUCCGCCUUCAUACUCAGUUCACUAGAAGACUGCACAGAACUCACUGAAAGAGCUUAUACUCACAGCUGCAGUUUAUUAAAGAAAAGGGCUACAAAUUAAAUUCAGCUAAGGGAAGAAGUCCAUGGAGUAGAGCCCAGGAAAGUACCAGAUGCCAAAGCUUUUGCUGCUCUCUCUUCUGCUGUGGGCCAGACUUUUCCUGCACUGAUGUGAGACACUGUGAAAGAAGUGUUGCCAGCUGGGGACGCUCACCUGAACAGCCUGCAUCAUGCCAGGGAGAUCCUGUCACAUAGGCCAGUAUGCACCUUAAGAUUCUGAAGAAAAGACACAAAUGUUCAAGUGAUGUUCAAGUGAUGUUUAGAAGUGGUUUGUGAGGGCACGACAGGGAAUCAUGCAGCCAUCAGGACACAGGCUGCGGGAUGUCGAGCACCAUCCUCUCCUGACUGACAGUGACAAUUAUGACUCUGCGUCCUCCUCGUCCUCCGAGGCCGAUGUGGCUGACAGGGUGUGGUUCAUCCGCGAUGGCUGUGGCAUGGUCUGUGCGGUCAUGACGUGGCUUCUGGUUGUCUACGCAGACUUUGUGGUGACAUUUGUCAUGCUGCUGCCUUCCAAGGACUUCUGGUACUCCGUGGUGAAUGGAGUCAUUUUUAACUGCUUGGCGGUGCUCGCGCUGUCGUCACACCUGAGAACCAUGCUCACCGACCCCGGGGCGGUUCCCAAAGGGAACGCUACAAAAGAGUACAUGGAGAGCCUCCAGCUGAAGCCCGGCGAGGUGGUCUACAAGUGCCCCAAGUGCUGCUGCAUCAAGCCGGAGCGCGCCCACCACUGCAGUAUUUGCAAAAGAUGUAUUCGGAAAAUGGAUCACCACUGCCCAUGGGUGAACAACUGCGUAGGAGAAAAGAAUCAGAGAUUCUUUGUGCUCUUCACUAUGUACAUAGCUCUGUCCUCGGUCCAUGCUCUGAUUCUCUGUGGGCUUCAGUUCAUCUCCUGUGUCCGAGGGCAGUGGACUGAGUGCAGCGGGUUUUCACCUCCGAUUACUGUGAUCCUGUUGAUCUUCCUGUGCCUUGAGGGUCUCCUGUUUUUCACUUUCACUGCGGUUAUGUUUGGCACCCAGAUCCACUCAAUAUGCAGCGACGAAACGGAGAUCGAGAGACUGAAGAGUGAGAAGCCCACAUGGGAGCGGAGGCUGCGGUGGGAAGGGAUGAAGUCUGUCUUUGGGGGACCCCCCUCACUCCUCUGGAUGAACCCCUUUGUUGGCUUCCGAUUCAGGCGACUGCAGCUGAGACCCAGGAAAGGAGGCCCCGAGUUCUCAGUGUGAGCCUCUCACCCAGCGGGACUCGAUUGGAUGCUCACUUGGGUCUGCAGUAGUGGCACCCCGUCAGCAUCUGGGACCAGCAGCAGGUGGAGCUGCCCAGCCACUGCAGGCAGUGAGGGCUUCAUGGACCUAGGGCCAUGGGGUGAUCAGCAGUUUUCACCUGUAACCCCAGGAAAGGCGUGCUGCCACCCAAGGUGGCAAAUGCCAUAACCUCCUGCACAGCUGAAUUGUCAGGACAUUACGGGAUGUUCCGUGGGUUGGGAAAAACCCAUGUGCUGAGCUGCUUUUCUCAGUCACAAGUCAGUGUGGCCACUGCAGGGAGUCCUGCAGACCCUGCCACCAGCACUCCCUGACCAGAAGGGGCGUCUCCACAGAGACCUGGUGGCCUGAACGGGCCAUGACACUUUGCACUGACGUUGGAAAAGUUCCAUGCGCUGAACAGAGAAGGUGGCUUCUGGAACCUCCCAAUGCCCUGGAAGAGGCAGCCUUUGUCCUUUCCAGCAAGUCUAUGUGUGCCUGUGUGUGUGUGUGUGUGUGUGUGUGUGUGUGUGUGUGUGCGCACACACGUGUGUCAGAAUCGGCAGUGUUUAGGUGACAUAUUUAACAGCCAUGUACUGCACAGGAGCUGUUUCUAGACGCUGAUGUUUCAGGGAAGUGGGGCUUCUAUGAAUGUAUUGCAAAUGGAGAGCAUCCAGACCCAAAGAGCAGUCACUCCUGUGUGGCCUUCAUAGCCUCCUGUCCAUUGUACUUUAAAAUCCAGAGUGCUUGCGGGCUCGGAGCUGGUGUCUCUGUUUUCCUGGCCCAUUAGAGUAUAAGCGGACCCUCAGUGAGGGAAGUGGGCCCGGGGAGCAGAGGAACCCCGCUGUGUGGCAGGGGAGGAGUGCUGCCUUCCGGCCCCUCUGGGCAGGGGCGUGCGGCAGUGUGGCAGCUUUUGAUUUGUUCCUCUACCCAUAGCACAGGUAAUGCCAUUGGACUUUUGGUGCGUGCUUAAAAUUAUGCCAGGAAGCAACAGCCCCCCACCACCCCGGGACCCGCCUUAAACCUGCCCGGGCUGUACCUUUGCUGCCGAUGUGUUGAGACCAUCUGUGACAGGGUCUGGGGUCUCCUGUGCCUGCCGUGUGCUGAUACAGUGCUGUUGCCCUCCCAGGGACAGUCUGCCUUUCUGCCCCAGUGACUGCUCUUUUGGCGUGGGUUGCUCUGUGCCCAGCCUCCAUCAGGGCUCCCAGGGUGCAGAGGCAGACCCCACGGGUCUCUGAGCCUGGCCCUCGCCCAGAGAGCAAACCAUGGAACCCAUGGGACUGCAGAGGGGACAGAUUGUCACAGCAAGAGGGUCAGCACAGCAUGACGGUGAGCUCAAAGAUUGUUUUGCGUCUUCAUUUGCACAUGUGUGUCUGGGUUGGACAUCUGCGUAGAGCUUCAGUGUGAGGCUUUUAAUGUGUAUAACUUGCUCAUGAAUCGAAACAAUUAUCAAAGCGGUUGAAUCCUGUGAGACUUGGCAGUCCGUGCAAAUCAAGUAUACUUGACUUUGAACCUCUCCUUUCAGUGUAACUUUUAUAUGAAAUAAAGUAACCAAUUGACUUCGCAAACCAUUUCCAAGUGGUUGGAUUCUUCCUGGGUGACUGUGACACAGCACUUGUCCUGCCUCAGUUGUAGUGACCCAGUCUCUAGAGCCUCUUCUGCUUCUGUGCCCUUGACAGGUGACAGCAUCAUUCGGGCACUGCUCACAAACCUUGCGCUGCCCAUGCCGUGUUCAGCUGUGUUUUACUGCAGGUC